UUUAACGUUGAAUUAAAAAGUCAUAACAAAUAUAUUCCGUGACAUGACCACAAGUGAUUGAAUCGUCACCCAAUUUUAUACGAGUAAUAAUAAAAGCAAAAAAUGAAUCCAAAAAACAAGCUCAAGGUAGCCAUCGACUCGCUAUAUCGACACACCAAUAAUGUCAACCCAGAAACAUACACUCGACUCGUUCUUGACUGUGUUCGUCUCAGCGACCCACAUCAAGCCAAGCGCUUACAAUCUCACAUGGACCACCAUCUUUACGAACCCACAACCACUUUUAUUCACAAUCGUCUUCUUGACCUCUAUGCCAUGUCCGGAAAACUAAUGGAUGCACAGAACCUGUUUGAUAAAAUGCCUCAACGAGAUAUUUUCACUUACAAUGCCAUGUUAAAAGCUUAUUCGAAAACCGGUUCAGUGGAUGACUUGCAUGGAUUUUUCAAUAAAAUUCCACGUAAAGAUUCUGUUUCUUACAAUACCAUGAUUGCGGGUUUAGGUAGUCGAGGGAUGGAAUUCGAGGCGUUGGAUUUGUUUGUUAGAAUGUUGAAAAAUGGUGUUGAGGUUACCGGGUUUAGUUAUGCGAGUGUUUUGAAUGCGUGUUCUCGGGUUUUGGAUUUGGGGUUUGGAAAGCAAGUUCAUGGGAAGGUUAUGGUUUGUGGUUUGGUAUGCAGUAAUGGUUUUGUUUGUAACGCGUUGAUGAAUUUGUAUGCUAAAUGUGGUGAGAUUGAUGCGGCUCGUUGUUUGUUUGAUGGAAUGUGCGAUAAGAAUGAUGUUGUUUCUUGGAAUCUGAUGAUUUCGGGGUAUAUGAAAAAGGAGUUGCCGGAAGAGUGUUUGAAGUUGUUUCGUGUAAUGAAGUUGUCGGGUUUAAAGCCAGACAAUGUUACAGUUUCAAUUGUUCUUGGUGCGUUUUUUCAAACGGGUAGCAUUGAUGAGGCGGUUAAACUUUUUGAGGAUGUUAAGGAAAAAGAUGUCGUUUCUUGGACGGCGAUGAUUGUUGGUCAUGUGCAGAAUGGGAAGGAAGAGGGAGCGUUGGUUUUAUUUAAUGAAAUGUUAAUGGAGAAUGUUCAGCCAGACAAGUUUACAAUUUCGAGUAUCGUGAGUUGUUGUGCCCGAUUGGCUUCUUUGUGUAAUGCUCAAGGGAUUCAUGGGAAAUCGGUUCACAUGGGUGUUGAUGAUGAUACACUUGUGUCUAGUGCCCUUGUUGAUAUGUAUUCUAAAUGUGGUGAACCAGUUGAAGCCCGUAAGGUUUUUGAUAGGAUACAUUCUAAAACAGUUGUAUCUUGGAAUUCUAUGAUUUUAGGUCUUGCUCAAAACGGUAAAGACGUAGAAGCUCUCAGACUUUACGAAGAAAUGUUGAUGGAUGAUAUAAAGCCAGAUAGCAUCACAUUUGUAGGCGUUCUUUCUGCUUGUAUACACGAAGGCCUUACUGAAAGGGGAGAGCAAUAUUUUCAUUCAAUGACAAAAGAGUAUGGAAUUUUACCAACCGCAGAUCAUUAUGCAUGUCUGAUCAAUCUGCUAGGUCGAUCAAAUUGUAUAGAAAAAGCCGUGGAAAUAAUAAACGGCAUGCCUGAUAGACCUAAUAGUCUUAUUUGGUCAACCCUUUUAUCUGUUUGUAAAUUAAAAGGUGACACUGAACAUGCAGAGAUGGCUGCAAAACACCUAUUUAACUUGGAACCAUCAAAUGCCGAACCUUAUAUUACGCUGUCCAAUAUGUAUGCUGCUAAUGGUAGAUGGAAAGAUGUGGAAAUCAUGAGAUCUCUUAUGAACAGGAAAAAUAUUAAGAAGUUUGCUGCAUUUAGUUGGGUGGAAGUUGAUGGAAAGGUGUACAAGUUUGUGUCAGAAGAUCGAUCUCAUCCUGAAAGAGAAGCUAUUUAUCACGAAUUAAACAGGCUUGUAAGAAAGGUAUUCACAGCUGGAUAUUCUCCAAAUAAAGAUCUGGUCUUGCAUGAUGUUGGGGAUGAUGAGAAGUUUCAAUCAAUAUGCCUUCAUAGUGAGAAAUUGGCUCUAGUAUAUGGAUUGAUGAGGAAACGUGAAGGACGGCAACCUGUUAGAAUUAUCAAGAACAUUCGAGUUUGUAGUGAUUGUCAUUUGUUUAUGAAGUUCAUUUCAAGAAUCAUUGGUCGCACCAUCAUAUUGAGGGAUUCGAAAAGAUUUCAUCAUUUUGUCGAGGGAUCUUGUUCAUGCAAGGAUUUUUGGUGAUCUUUUGAGGGUUGGCAAUCCAUUAUACUUUUUUUCUUUCAAAUUUAUACACGAGCUACCGUGAUAUGAGAAGAAGAAGAAAAAGUUGAGAAGAUGCCAUGAACCUAUCUGGUAACCAUCUUUACAAGCUCUGGAUCGUAAGACUGUUUGGAGUGAGGCAACCCCAUGACGGGGCAGCUCCUGCCAUGGGUUGCCACAUCAUCUAGCCC